CCCAGUCGGUCAGAUAUGCAGUCUUUUGUGAGCCACUCAGCAGAGAGAUUAUUUUCCUUAAACAGCAAUUACAACCCCACUCCACCUUAAUGAUUUGAAAGGGAAGAAUGGUCCACAUUUGAGGCGGUAAAUUGCCUUCCCUUCCUUUAUUUCGUCCAGAUGAGCCCGCUAUCCGCCGCCGUCCUGUUAUUGUGCUGCAGAUUCGACGCCACAGGAGCACAAGUCCAUUCAGAUCACGGAUGCCAAAGUCAGGGGGUCAGGAGCUGUGGAGAGUGUCUGGCAGCGGGGCCGCACUGUGCCUGGUGCACCGAGGAGGCUUUCCUCCAAGUAGGACAGCACACGUGGGAGCGGUGUGACACGGCCGCGGCGCUGCUGAGGAGGGGCUGUCCUUCCCAUCGCCUGGAGGACCCCAGAGGCUCCGCCGUCCUCGUGAAGAACAGGAACGUCACCUUUCGCUCUGGGAGGCGGCGCGGGGGACGAGGCGGGCGCGUGACCCAGCUCCAGCCGCAGACGGUCCGGCUCCACCUCAGGCCAGGCGAGCCCCAGAGCUUCGAGGUGAGGUUCAGGCGCGUGGAGGACUACCCUGUGGACCUGUACUACUUGAUGGAUCUGUCCUUCUCCAUGGAGGACGACCUGCCCAAUGUCAAGAAGCUGGGGGCCGACCUCAUGGAGGAGAUGAGAAACGUCACCAGUGACUUCAGAAUGGGCUUCGGCGCAUUUGUGGACAAGACGGUGAUGCCGUUCAUCAGCGUGGCGAAGGACAUGCUGGAGAAUCCCUGCAAGAGGACGGAGCCGUGGCCCUGCUCGCCCCCCUUCACCUACCGGCACAUCCUGAGCCUCACCGCCGACGGGGGCGUCUUCGCCCGGCUGGUCGGGGGGCAGCGGGUCUCCGGGAACCUGGACUGGCCCGAGGGCGGGAUGGACGCCCUGAUGCAGGCCGCCGUGUGCGAGGAACAGAUCGGCUGGAGAAACGUGACUCGUCUGCUGGUGUUCUCCACAGACGCCGGCUUCCACUUUGCUGGAGACGGAAAAUUAGGCGGCGUUGUGCUUCCAAAUGACGGACUGUGUCACUUACAAGGAAACGAGUACACCAGAGGAAACUCACAGGACUAUCCUUCGGUGGGCCACAUCGCAGAAACCCUGAGACGGAAGAACAUCCAGACCAUCUUCGCGGUCACUGAAGACGUCGCACACCUGUAUGAGGGCCUGAGGAGCAUUUUCCCAAAAUGUGCGGUUGGCACGCUCUCGAACAACUCCCACAACAUCCUGCAGAUAAUUGUUGAAGCAUAUAACGCGCUGACCUCUGAGGUCGUGAUGGAGAACAGCAAGCUGCCGCCCGGCUAUCACAUCUCGUACGCCUCGCGCUGUGAGGACGGCGGGCCGGGACCCGGCGGGCGGGGGAGGAGGUGCUCCGGCAUCUCGGUGGGCGACGAGGUGAGCUUUAAUGUAAGCAUCACGGCGCCGCCGUGCGCGGCGGCUUCCCGGGGACCGCUCCGUGUCGUUAUCAAGCCUCAGGGCUACAGUGAAGAGGUCGAGGUCCUGCUGAGCCCCAUAUGUGAGUGUUCCUGUCAAAAGGACAUGAUCCCACACAGUCCUUCGUGUAGCCAUGGCAACGGCAGUCUGGAGUGCGGCGCAUGCAGGUGCAAAGAAGGCCGAGUCGGGACAUUUUGUGAGUGUGUUAAGGAGGAGGCCGACGAGGCGACGGACUCGCGUCUGUGUCGCCGUGACAACUCAUCGGAAGUGUGCAGUGGGCACGGGGAGUGUGUCUGUGGGAGGUGCGUCUGUCAGAAAGGCGGUCAAAAGCCCCAGCGCCUGUACUACGGGCCGUUCUGCGAGUGCAGCGACCGGAGCUGCGGUCAGCACCGAGGACUGCAGUGUGCAGGGCACGGCCGGUGCGUGUGCGGGGAGUGUGUGUGUCUCCCGGCGUUCGGCGGCGCGGCGUGCGAGUGCCCUCUCGGCUCGGAGUCCUGUCUGUCUGCGGACGGGCAGAUCUGCGGAGGCAGAGGCGAGUGUCGCUGCGGCGCCUGCAUCUGCCGCGACGAGCGCUUCCAGGGCAGGACCUGUGAGCUCUGCCCUUCCUGCCCCGACGUCUGCGCCGCGCACAGAGGAUGCGUCUUGUGCAGAGCCUUCUCCCUGGGCUUGAGUCCAGAGGAGUGCGGGAGGAGGUGUGCCCACCUCAACCUCACCUUGGUCGGUCACCCCGGUGUCUUAGCGACGGCGGCCCCCUCUGCGGGUCUUCACAGGUGCAUGGAAGUGGACACGGAGGGCUGCAGAGUGCACUUUGCCCUGAGCGCCGGAGAAAAGGAGCCCUCCGCCUGUGCUCAUGUGGCUCUGGAGCGAGAAUGCCCAUCAGGUCCGAAUGUGAUGCUGAUUACCGCGGUGCUGUCGGGCUCCGUUGUGGUGCUGGGUGUGGCUCUGCUGCUGCUAUGGAAACUACUCACCAGCCUCCACGACCGCAGGGAGUUCGCCCGCUUCCAGAGCGAGCUGGAGCGGAGACGCUGGAACAGGAAAGACAACCCCAUCUACAGAAGUGCCAUCACCACUGUCGUGAACCCCAAAUAUAAAGAACACUGA